UUGUUUGAAAUUUUCGGGUUGUAUAUUUUGAAAAUUUUAAACUGAAAACCGAAAAAUGGUGCCUGUUUACGACGUGAUACGAGCUUUAGCUCUUUUGGUGGGGUUUGGAGUUAGUCUUGGAGACAGGAAGACUGCCAUGUUUGCAGAUAUGGUAUUCACCUCAUGGCUCGGCGUUGGAGCAAUCUUAUUUCCACAAUUUUUCAUGGGUCAGCAGGUGUUCAGCGACAAGACUAUCAAGGAUCCUAAUAACAUCCUCAUGUACCGUUUGUAUGGUGUACAUAUUUUGGCUCCUAUGGUAAUGUGGUACUCUUGCAGAAAAUCACGAGAUGAUAGUGUCAUUGGAGCAAUGCUGUGGUCCAGGACACUGGGGCUGUUCCCACUGUUGAUGGUAAUGUUGCAUGGACACUUUACCUACACCAAGACUUUCACUGACAGGAACAUGUGGUUCUUCAUUCUGUGUGUUGGCUGUAUCAUGGUGACCAAUAUUGUCCAGCUUGUGAGAACAAGACCUUCUGUUGGUAGACGAGAAAUGAAAGGUCCUGUCAGUGUUAUCUUACGACUUGACUUCCUGCUCCUUUUUAUCAUUGGGUUAGCGACAAUGGCUUUCCCAAAGGUGACAAUCGGGUCGUUUAUACACGAUCCCAAGAACUUUCAAGUCCACCAAGAGCGUGUGUCUGGUGCCAUUGCAUUCGGUCAUAUUUUUCUGGCCUGGUUUGCCCCAAGCUUUAGAGAAAAUGAGGACAGAAGGAGGUUUUUUUGCAUGCAGCUCACGAUAAUACUCCUCACCCUUGGAUGUGUGGCCUGUGCCUUCUAUGAUGGAUCAAUCAAUGCAGAGACGGUACGAUUGUUUCUGGGUUGCUGCUUAACCGGCAUUUUACCUGCUGCAGGACUGUACUACUUGGCAGAGGAUUCUUCUUCCUCCAUAACCUCUAAAACAUACUUCACAAGAUCAAAGGCAUCGUAAUAUGACUACAACAGUUCACAACAUGUAAAACAGGAUGUAUCUCAAGCUUCCUCUGUAUAUCCUCAAGUUGUUAAAGACCUUGUUUGGUAUUGAGUUUAAAGUAAAAUGUUUUUCUAGAGACAGAUGAUAUUCUGAUGAAUUUAUUGUUGUGUAUGAAAGUCUUGCCUUCACUUCAGAUAUAAAUCAUAUUAUGAUCUUCAAAAGUCAUUACUUAUUUUGAUAUAGGUAAUUUGCUUUAGAAAAAUAGAGGUUGAAGCCUGUUACAAGAUUUCUACGCAGUGGGGAGAAAAUAAUCAUUUUGCUAUUUUAAAUAGCAUUGAUAAGAAUAGGCAGCAUUCAAUGUACUACAAGUGCAAUUUUUAUACUUUUAAGUCAAGUGGAUGAGUUUUUGUAUAGAAAUGUGUAAAAGAGAAUUAAUGAAGGAAUGAACUGAAGGUGAAAUGCAGAUUAAAUGACACCUACUGUGUAUGGAUGUUACCAUUGUUUUAAGACUAGACUGUCAGGUACAAAUGUAAAAUAUAUUGACACAAGUAUAUAUUUUUCAAGUUACAAUGAUUUCAUUUUUUGAUACAAAUUUCUUUGCACAAAAAUCAUGUUUUAAAAGUAUGAUUGGUAAUUGUAUGUAAUUUGAUGUCAAGCUAUUUCUGAUUCAUCCAAGAUGUAAUGUCACUUUUGAAUGGUCAUGUUUCACUGGAGAGUAUUUGCAGAGGUAUAUCUAUGAUAUAUUGUCUGCUGCAAAUUGUUAAUAUGAUGAAUGACCUCAUGUCUUGGCCCAAAAGAUUAUUGAAUCUUAAAUGUUAUCAGUGUCACAAAUCCUGGAUAGAGUGACAAAGAAUGGAAAGUGGAUAGCUUUACUGUUUGAAAACAGAAGUGAUUACAAUAUUUAAAUAGCUUCAUAUUUAAUAUACCAUCAUGAAGUUUUUAAAACUGGCUUAUCCCUCAAAAUACUUAUGUUUGUAUUUUGGCAUUUUAUCACAUAUUUUUUCUUACCCGUGAAUGAGAUUUAUUUUACAAUCUGUUAGACAUUUUACUUUGUAAUAUUACCACACUCCGUGUACUUUAUGUGACAAGUGCUGCUACUAAUAUUGGCAAAAUAAUCGAAACAUUUAGCUUGAUGAUUUAUAAUAUCAAAUAUUUUUUAUGUACAUUUGUAGUUUCAUAUAAUAAUCCUUUGAAGUUUGAUUUUACUGCUGGUCAAAUAUAUUUCUUUGCUAUUGUGUAAUUUUUCUUUGUCCAUAAACAGUUUUAAACAUUAUUCCUACAGAAAGUCUAAUGACCAUGGAUGUUCAUGUGUCUGUGAUCUGUUUGCAGUUAUGAAUAAGGGCAGUGAUUUUUUCCUCUGCUUGAUUUUCACAACAACCUGUGUGUGGAAACUGAAUACAUGAAAAGGUAGUAACAUUCCUUUGUGAAAAUUGUGGAAAUACUCCUGUGUUUAUUUUAGUAAAGCAUGCUUAUUUGGCUAGGAAGUGUCUUUCCUGCAGUAUAAGGCAUAAGAAAUAAACCAAAAUUUUGAUGCAUCAGAAUUAUUGAUAUUGAGGUAACAUGUAUUUUCCUGUAAUACAUUUUUUUCAGUUAAAAAAGUACAUUGUCAUUGGCAGCAGAAUCAUUGUCCCUUAAUUAACCUCACUCUUUAUGUAUCAGGUAUAACAAUCGUUUUUGUGACAUUUAUGUUUAUUUGAGAGAGAUAACAUAUUUGUAUUUGAAGACUACCUGUUGCAAUAAAGGAGUUUUUUUUAA